AUGGAGUGUGUACAGAAACUGGCUUCACAAAAGGCUGUAGUGAUUUUCAGCAAGAGUACAUGCUGCAUGUGUCAUGCGAUCAAGAGGCUGUUCUACGAGCAAGGAGUGAGUCCUAUGAUCUAUGAACUAGACGAGCAGAAAAAUGGUGGGGAAAUGGAGAGAGCCCUGAUAAGGCUCGGCUGCAAACCAUCAGUUCCAGCAGUGUUUGUUGGAGGAAAAUUUGUGGGCUCGGCUAAAGACUUACUAACACAGCACCUUGAUGGUUCACUUAAUAAGAUGCUUAAGGAUGCUGGAGCUCUGUGGCUUUGAACUCGCCUUCAAAUCUCAAGAUUAUAUAUAUAUAUAUUUACUUGUGUAAAGCUCAAACAUGGCUAAUUAGUCGCAUAUGUAUAUGAAUGUGUGAUAACUGAUAACAAACACAUUCCUCGCUUUUCUUUUUCUUUUUCUGCAUAGGUCUGUAGGCAUUAAAAGAUAAUGUAGAGGGCUCUUGUAUCUUUUUGAGAAAAUUGUAAUUAAUACAUACAUAUAUAUAUAUAUAUGUAUGUAUGGAGAAAAGAGAGGGGGCUUCACUUAUGUGCCAGAUGUCUUCUUUUAUUGA